AUGGCAGCCGCCGAGUCGCCCCAACUCCGCCAGUCCUGGUUUCCGCACCGCGACAGCCGAACGAGCGGAUGGCUCCUCACGGGGAACCCAAUCCCCGUCGCUGUCAUCACCAUCGCGUACGUCUACUUUGUCAAAGUCGCGGGACCGCGAUGGAUGCGCUACCGCAAGCCUUUCGACCUCAGACGAUGGAUUCUUGUCUACAACUUCCUGACGGCGACGCUGAGCCUCUUCUUCCUGACUUUGUUUGGGAAGUACGCCUACUGGGACAAUGGAUACGGCGUUCUUCAGGACGUCGACUACGGCGGCCUUCCGUCGAGUAACAAGAUAGUGCACCUGUCCUGGUGGUUCUACAUGUUCAGACUGUCGGAGCUCGCAGACACAGUGUUCUUUGUGCUGCGCAAGAAAUCUAACCAGGUCAGUACCCUGCACGUCUUCCAUCAUGUGGUGGUGUCGUGGAACAUGUGGCUGAGUGUGACGUACGGUGGUCAGGCGCACGCCAUGUUCAUCACCUGCAUGAACUCCUUUGUUCACGUCAUCAUGUACACGUACUACUUUCUGGCCGCCUUGGGGCCGGCUUACAAGGAGUAUCUCUGGUGGAAGAGGUACCUUACCAUGUUGCAGAUUGUCCAGUUCUCCCUGCUUUUACUGCACUGUCUGGGUACCGCGCUCGCCAAAGGGAACUACGUGCCUCUCUUCAUCUGGCUCAGCAUAUCGCAAUCGCUGGUGUUUUUUGUGUGGUUCGUCAUGUUCUACAUUAGGGCCUACAAGAUUCGGUGCCGCAUCACUCCGCCCGAGCCCAGUAAAAGCGACUAAUGCUUGGGGUGUGUUAUUGCCUAGAUAAUAAACGCAUAUCGCCGUAGCCCUACUAGUUUUGUGCUGACGUGAUUAUGUUGGAAUUGUUGACGAGCGAUGACGCAAACGCAUGUUUAGCUUGAGAUUCUGAUGUGACGAAGAGUCUUGUGUUUCUGAACCUUUGACUAUUUUAUCUAAAAGUGUCCUUAUUUAGUGCCUUCGCUUCUAGAAGAUUUAUUUUAUGUCAUGCUGGCCAUUUUUACGAACUGUGUGUAAAGUGUUUUGUCGUUUGUGGGAAACAACAAUGAUGGCGCGAAAAGUUGACUGUAGAAAUCUUGCAGACAGUAUGUGCUCAACAGGAGUGGUGAGUAAAGAUGUACACCUUGCAAUUCCGACCCCGUUCCGCACAUCAGGAAUAUUGGUGGCCAUGCUCGGCGCGUUCUGUACAGCGUUGCCAC